UGUAACGAUACGUUUUUGAUUGACAGUAAGUGUCAUAUGAAAGUUCGUCAGACUCAGUGAAGCCUACGACGUUCUCCAUAAAUACAAACAAUGGCUCUGUUUUCUUACGGCAGGUUGUGUGGAAAGUCGAUGCUGGCUUCUAUAGGUAGGGUUCCUACCGUGCUGAGCUCGGCUCAAUAUGCCCAAGCCGCGGCGGGAGCGCCGAAAAUCACGUUCAAGAAGUACGAGGAACCGAAACAGGAGCACUUCGAUAUUAAAAAUGAGCGCCUGAAUAGACCCCUAUCUCCACAUCUUUCAAUCUAUCAAGUACAACUCACCACGACAUUGUCUAUUACCCAUCGUGCUACAGGUAUCAUGCUGACUGGGUAUGCCACUGCCCUGGGGCUCGGUGCUUUGGUAUUGCCGAAUGACAUUUCCCAUUACAUCACCAUGAUUGAAGGUCUGAACCUGUCACCGGCAACUCUUUUCAUACUUAAAGCAAUUAUUGCCUCUCCCUUCGGUUACCAUCUUGCCAAUGGUGUCCGACAUUUGUACUGGGACACCGCUAGAGGCCUAUCCCUUAAAGAGGUUUAUUCAACGGGAUAUACAAUGCUUGCCGUUGCCACCGUCAUCACACUCGCCUUAGCAGCAUUAUAAUUUUCCUCAGUAGAAAUUGAAACUCAAAACUGAAUUUCUGUAUUAAUUAUUUAUUAAUUUUGGAAUGUAAGUAUUAUGUAAUAAAGUUUACAAUUCA